AUGAGCACAUCCCACCGCCAGAGCCGUGAACUGAGAGACGUCGAGAAGCGUGAAGUUGCCACUGCGCUACAAGACUGUCUAUCCAAGGGCAAACUACCGCGCGGCACCAUCAAGGCGGCGGACGAGCGCUUUCAACUCCACCGUAGCACAGUCCGCCAAAUUUGGAGCCGCUAUAAGGAUGGGAUAACAAAGAAUCUCAAAGUCGGUCGCGUUGGUCCCAAGAAGCACUACACCAAGGAGGAAAUCGUCGCACUGAUUCGAGCCGUUCCACUAAACCAGCGCAACACUUUCAGAGAGCUCUCAAAAGCAACUGGCAUGUCAACGUUCAAACUCAGCCGCGCUCUCAAGAAUGGUGUCUUUCAACGUCGCUCAUCUCGACUGAAACCGCUUCUCACCAACGCCAACAAGCACGAACGCCUAGCCUUCUGCGGUGCUCAUAUCCCCAAGGCCGGCACACUACAAGAAUCCGAAUUUUCGGGCAUGUGGGACGUGGUUCAUCUGGACGAAAAGUGGUUCAAUGCGGACAAAGAUUGUCACAAGGAGUACCUCGUGGAAGGCGAAUUUUCGGGCAUGUGGGACGUGGAGUACCUCGUGGAAUGCGAAGAGGUCCAACGUCGAGCGUGCAAGUCCAAGCGGUUUAUCCCCAAGGUCAUGUUCCUGUGUGCUGUUGUUGCUCGGCCGCAAAUGGACGUCGGCUACGACGGAAAGAUUGGUCUGUGA